AUGUUCAGCGUCGAUCCAGAAAUUUGCUUGUCUGCCUCUCUGGGAGGUGAGCCUAGUGUGGUGCGAGAGGCUGAAAAGACCGUCGGCGGCGGAUACGCAGACCACCGUCAGCGAACGAGGGAGGGCGUGGAAUGUAUGUGCGCUGGUGGCCAUACGUUCGAAGCAGCAUGUGGAUCGGCGGAGUGUGUCGAUGUUAAACAAGACCGCUAUGACGAGGCGAAGGAAUUAUGGGCGACUCUUUCACAGGAGACUAACAACUAA